UCCGUUUCAUAUAAAACUUGCGAUGUGUGGUUUAUUCUCUUAGUGUUGUAAAUCAAUGUCUCAGAGAAUCAUAAUUUAGAAAAAGAUAAUUUUCCAAAUCUCGAAUACAAUGAACUGGAAGGAGCGUUCCAAGAGAGCGCGCAUCUCUCCUCCUCAUCAUCAUCGACACAGAUUUGUCACCUUUACACGUUUGGAUGAGUCGUCUCUCUCAGCUCUGGAUAUGAAUUUGGGUAAACAAAUUCAAGUUUUAGACGAAGAGCAGAACUUGAAGAUUCAAGGAUUCCAAAGUUCAUACCUGAAGCAGACAUUAGUUUACAUUGGUGCUCUGCUUUCAUGUGGUUUAUUAUGGGUCGUUAUAACAUGGAGGAAAAAUGUUUACUUGCAUUGCACUCAUACACCAUGUUCACUAGAAGAAGCAGAAAAAGUCUUAUUAAUUGAUGCCUACGGGCAAGAAUUUGUUUCAAAAGUAAAAAGGCCAGAAAAAAAAUCGUCGUUACAGCCUCCUUUUUUUUAUUACAAGAAAAUGAAGUACAGUUGGAAUGGAAAAGAGAAGAAGUUCGUUGGUGUACAAGGUCUGGAUAUUAAGGCUUGUUCUGAACUACAAAACUUUAGGAAAGGUCUGGAUUCUGAAGAAGCCCGAAAGAAAUUGCAAUUUUAUGGAUUAAAUCUAAUUAAAAUUGAAGUUACUCCAGUCAUCACUUUAGUUCUUAGAGAGAUAAGAAGUCCUUUUUAUAUGUACCAAAGUUUUAUCGUUAUAAUCUGGUUUUUACAACUCUACUAUCAGUUUGGUAUCUGCAUUAUUAUUUUAUCCGUCAUAUCUGUAUCUGCUACAGUGUGGGAGACGAGAAAGCAAACCAAGUCUUUAAGAAAUGCAAUGAGAUCGGAAUCAGUCGCAACAGUUUACAGAGAUGGCAAAGAAAAGAAAAUUUCUUCAAAAGAAUUGGUUCCUGGAGAUGUACUGAUUCUAUCUCAGACACCCUUCACUAUGUUCUGCGAUGCCGUUCUGAUCUCUGGGAAUUGCGUGGUGAAUGAAAGUAUGCUGACUGGAGAAAGCACGCCCAUCACAAAAAUUCCGAUUUCCGAAUAUUCCAGUGCCCUCUUCGACUUGCAAUCUAAUAAGAGAAGCAUUCUGUCCUGUGGAACCGAAAUCUUACUCUGUAGAAGCACGGACAGGGAAGGAGUCAGAGCUAUAGUAUAUCGCACCGGAUUUUCAACUGCCAAAGGAGAACUUGUGAGGUCGAUCCUCUUUCCUAAACCUGUUGCAUUGAAACUCUAUUCCGACUUGCUGAAAUGCAUGGUUAUCUUUUUUAUAUUAGGAAGCAUACCAGUUAUUUACACUUCUCUUGUUUGCGCCGCAAUUGAUGCGUAUCCUUGGGAUGCAUUACUGUACGUUCUGAAUGUAGUCACCUUUUUUGUGCCACCUUCUCUGCCAGCUGUGCUGACGAGCGUCAAUGAGCAGGCGCAGAGGAGACUUCGAAAACAAAACAUCUACUGUCUCAAUUCGAGAUACAUUAAUUUCGCCGGAGGAUUGGACGUGGUCUGCUUCGAUAAGACAGGAACACUUACUGAAGAUAGUCUUGAUAUUUCGAUAAUUGUUCCUGCGAAGGACAAAAUGUUUGAAACCGUUGUUUUAAAUCCAGAUCAAUUAUCUUCCGAGCUGCUGGUUAAAGCGAUGGCCACCUGCCAUUCUCUAGCCAGAAUCGAUGAGGAACUUCAAGGGUAUGAUAUGGAUAUAAAGAUGUUCAAAUUAACUGGAUGGCAAAUGCAAGAACCAACAGUGGAAGAUAUUGUACCUUUUGAAUACAUUCCACCAAGAAUUGUUUUUCCGAAUAUCCCUGGUGAUAAGCAGCCUUCUGUGGCUAUCGUCAAGAUGUUUCCUUUCGAAUCGUCCCUGAAGAGAACGAGCGUCGUUACACAGACUGAAGGGUCAGAACGAUUCCAAGUGUUUCUGAAAGGCGCACCGGAAUUAGUUGUAUCGUUGAGCAGAGAAGAGACAGUUCCGGAUGACGUAAUGGAUGUGCUUGAAUAUUAUUCAUCUCAAGGUUUUCGCGUCAUAGCUGUUGCUUGCAAAAACUUGCCUGAUGGUACUGCAUGGAAAGAUGUACAAAAUAUGACAAGGGAUUAUCUGGAAACCGAGCUUCAGUUUCUUGGACUCGUUGUUUUUGAAAAUAAAUUGAAACCUGAAACUAUACCAGCUUUAAAUACGUUAAAGGACGCAAAUAUAAAAUCAGUUAUGGUUACAGGGGACAAUUUAUUAACUGCAGUCACUGUCGCGAAGAAAUGUGGAAUAGUGGAAGAAUGUGAUUCUGUUGUGAUAAUGAAGGCUAGUCUUAGUACCAAAUCAAAUUCAAAAGAGAACUUGGAAGUCUCCUAUAAGCAAGCGAGUUCUCCAGUCUUGAGAAAUGGCACACUUCGGACGAAUGGCGACACUCAUAACAUGGAUGUACGCCUUUCUGUGAUAUCUGGAGAGCAGAGCCAUGUUGCCAUGGAAGGAGAAACAUUCAACCUCAUUCGAAUGUACGAUCCAGAUCUUCUAGAAAAAGUUGUUUUGAAAGGUGCAAUAUUCGCUCGAAUGUUACCUGAACAUAAAUUAUAUCUCAUCGAAUGCUUCCAAAACCUAGGGUAUCACGUCGGCAUGUGUGGAGAUGGUGCCAACGACUGCGGGGCUCUCAAAACUGCACACACGGGAGUAUCUCUUUCCUUGGCAGAAGCAUCAGUGGCAGCACCAUUCACCUCUCCCCAACAAAAUAUACAGUGCAUACCGACACUCAUCAGGGAAGGCAGAGCUACUCUGGUCUCCACGUUUGAUUCUUUUCGCUACAUGGUGUGCUACACCUUCACCUUCCUUCUCGCAAUUCUUUUCCUCUUCUGGGAUGGACAAAGGCCAUCAGAUGGAGCAUAUGUAACAAUUGACAUCGUCCUCAAUUUAGCGCCACCUUUUCUAUUCGGUGCCACCGGAGCCUAUCAUGGUUUAUCGAAAAAGCAACCAGCUAGAAGCAUCCUCAGUUUUAUCCCUUGUUUUUCUGUCGCCUCUUUCAUGCUGAUACAGAUAGCAGUGCAUUCAUUUGCUUACACCUAUUGCAUUCAACAAACUUGGUAUGAGCCGUUUACUUUUGAUCGAGAGAUCGCCUUUUCUCCGAAUGCAUCCUACACAGGCACAACAAUCCUCACCACGAAUAUGAUGACUUACGUCACAGGCGCUGCGAUAUUUGCUAGCGGUCCGCCUUACAGGGCUCCCUUCUUUUCCAACAGAUUAUAUGUAGCAGUUCUAGUUGUUCAAUUUGUUAUGGUGGGAUAUUUGACUCUCGCUCCUCCUAACUUCAUGAUCCACUUCCUGAAUUUCAAACGAGCUCCUGUUGCAUCAUUCCACAUAAAGCUCUAUGCUAUUACUUUAGGCGUGCUAGUGUUUUGCUUUAUAUAUGAAAAAUACUUCAUCCAACGUUUUCUAUCAAAGUUUGUCGUUCCAGCCAUACGAAGAUGGAGAGGGCCCAUUCGGAAAUACGAAAAACUUCUACAUGCAUUAGCGCAAGAAGACUGGCCACCUUCGAUUCAAACGGCAACAGAUUCAAAUGCACCAAAAGAUUCAUGAACUAUAUUUACUUGAACAAAUUUCAUAUAAAAAUUAAUUUUAUCAGCUAUAAUAAUUGAGCAUAUUUCAUAUUUUUUUAUUUGUAAAUAAAUAUAU